GACCUUGAGAGCUCCUUCCUUUCUCUUUACCUCUAUGACUUUCCUCCACGCCUUCCUAUCUCUGUCUCUUCUGGUCAUAUCAGACACCAAAUCAACCAAGCCUUGUUUUUAUCUCUUCCCCUGGAACAACCAUUUACGAGUCCAAGAUAUACACACUCACGCGUCAUGGCCACCAUCACUACUACUUCUCCUGCUGUGCAGCUUAUCAUGGCCAACUCUAGCCAGCCUAUCGUACCCACCGCCGGCGAGUAUCCUCAGCCCACCGGCCUUCCUUUGUGGCAGGCUGCCUACCGUGCCAUCCGCCGUGAUCGCACCCGAGCCGCGGAGUUCCGCAGCAUGCAACUCACCGACCAAGACAGGAGCCGUCUCGAGCAGAUUAUUUUUUUGCUCGACUUUUCCAUGACCGCGGGCAGGGACAAGGAGCGCUUCUACCGCGCAUGGAUGGACUUCACCGAAGACUUCAGCUCCCCGCUUGUCAAUGCCCAGGAGUUCGCAUGGAUCCUCCUGCCCGCCAGUUCGGUCGUCGGACUACCAGAGCCUUUCCCUCCCCUUGACGACCUCGCUUUGAUUCACGGCUUCCUAGAGAAGGCUGGCGGCUGGAAGGAUACCUACCUCGAGCAAAAGAGAGGAAUCAGAGAUAAUACCAUGCUGGAUAACGCAUGGAUGUUGUUUUCUCCCGAGGGCCUGCUCAAUAUGAUUGACACCAUGUCGCUGCAGCAGAAUAACUAGACCGUCACACGGGUCAUUUUUCUUUGGGGGGGUUGGUAAAGUGGACGGAUGCAAGGGAAUAUAAAUGAUGAGGAAGACGACUACUGGUCAAUUUGGCUGGGUCAGCAUGUUGGUCAUGAUUGUGCGGAACAACAUGUGCACAAUUCUCCUUUGUCAAAUUUCUCUUGAGAGUUUUUACCUAAAUCCAAAACGUGCAAGCCAGCCCUUCCAUCUUGCCUUGAAAGUUGCAGGCGGAUUUUGUCCAACU